AUGCUGCCUUGGAGACUCAUCACAAAUCGGGAUAUUGGCCUUCUCUUCUAUAUCAACUUCGCGACCGGUGCCGCCAUGUAUGCUGUGUUGUACUUUGUCAACCUGUUCUUCACUUUAGUCAAGGGCUUUACUGCCGACAAAGCUGGUGUUCAGCUCUUGUACUAUACUCCGGGCCUUGCAGUUGGCGUAUAUUUUUCCAUGUUCAUGUGCAACGUUUGGCCAAGAAAGACCUUUUGGCCAAUCAUGCUCGGCUCGAUUGUCGAGGCUUUCGGAAUCGGGUUUCUGGCUUACGGACUUUGGACUGAGAAGACGUCUACGAUCUACGGCAUGAUGGCUCUGACUGGCGCUGGCACGGCGAUGCGAAUGAUGCCCGGUCCUCUUCACGCUGUGGGAUUCUUCCCGCAGCACAUUGCUACCGUCGUGGCUCUCAUGGCGGUUGCAAUCCCCUUCGGCGGCACACUCGCAUUGACAAUCAUGGCGACCGUCUUCAACAAUACGUCGGGUAUCGGUCCGAGCUCACCUCUUCGAGACUUUCAAAAUAUUGUCACUCUUCCGCAUGAUGAGCAAGUAUACUGGAUUCAUCAAGCAAAGAUGGGCUUGGUUUGGUCAUUCGUCGCGAUUGUUCCUUUCAUGAUUCUAUGCGUCUUGGCCGCGGCCUGCCUGGGCAAUGUCAUUAUCACCAAGGACAAGGCAGGAGAGGAUGGAUACGGAGAAAAGGUGCAGGAAGAAGCAUAUCUACUUUCGUUGUUGAGAGGGACAAACCAACAGAGUGCUCGUACGACGAUGGAGGCGAAAGCAUGA